AUGUACAGGCGAGGUUUCUUAGUGGAUUGUUGUGUGGUCMCUCAAGACAAUGAUGACGAGGCCGAUAAGAUUCCAAWAGAACUACUAGAGGAUCUAAAAUCAGGCCCUGGUCCUCAGGAUAACAGUGAUUCUAUUCCACGAGAAUUAAUGGAUAAAUAUGAGCAAGAUGCUGCAGACGAUAAAAAAGAAAAGCUGGCCAAGUUAUUAUUAGAUGUUAUAGACCGUCGAGAACGCCAAAAACAUCUUAACGAUGAYGGUCAUAAUGAAGAUGGUCAUAAAGACGAUGGCCAUGAAGACGAAGGUCAGAAAGAAGAUCUAAAACAACUGCUUGAUAGUUUAGCCUCAGAACCUAAAGAAGAUGAUGAACCAAUGACAAGGGAACUAUUAAAUGAUUUAGAAUCAAGUAAGUCGUUUAGUAAGAUACCGAAUAUAGCUGUUUAA